CCCGGGAAAUCGAAACUCAGCUGUUAAAACCGCUGCCCCUGCUCUUGGGAAUCGCAUCUCGAGACUGACUUGCAGCGGCGGCUCUGCUCCAUGUACUCCCGCAGUAGGACGUUGGGCUCGGGGCUCCGCGCCCCGCAGCCCGCCCCGGCCCCGCAGCCCGCCCGGGACCCCUCUGGGAGGCUCAGGGAACCGGGCCCGCUGCAGCGACCCAGCCCGGGCUUGGAGCCGGGCCCGGAGGCUAGCAAGGAGCACCCCCCGCCGACGCUCACAAGUGCAUACACCUUGAUAAAGCCAAAUGAAAGCCGAAGAAAUCAGAUACAAAGGACAGAACUUUAUCAUGAUCAUCAAUUGCAGAUUCCUGGUGAUAUUUAA